CAAAACAUUCCAGCCUAACGGCGCACAUUUCACUCUUUGUUUUAUUAAUAAUACUGUGUAUCAAAAAUUUCUAGCCAAAUGUAUUAAACUAAAGUAUUAAGAAGCAAUUUAAAUAAGAAAUUAUUUGUGUAAUCAUACGUAAUAACAACAAUGGAAAACUGCAAAACACCCACGCUGGCACAGGUGAUGGAGUUCAAGUACGAACUCACACCUACAAUGGUCUUUGACCCCAGCCGGCUGCAGGACGCGCAAAAUCUAAUUGUUAACCGCAUAAAUGUGCGCUGCUUCACACCGACAAUGAAAAACUUCCAAUCGCCCGGACUGUCACCCAUCAACGAUUGUGAGCAGACGCUGCUCGGCGGUGUUGCCGUUGGCGUCGCCGCCAAUCUGGAGAGUCUGCAGAAGACCCGUGCGAUGACGGCUGCUGUGAAGGAGGAAUAUUUCAAAGUGCCGCUUAAGAUAUCGAAAAAUGUACAACAAAAACAAACAUUUGCGGUGCAACAGCAACUGCAACAACAACAGCAACCAAUGCCACAAAAGUUCGCUUGUCACAAACAUUUCGUCAGCGAUUCACCGCCGGUCUUUACGCUGAACUCCACCACCAAUUCGGAUACGGAUUUCAGCAUCGACAACACGAGCCCAGAUAGUUCAGCUAUACUUGGUUAUGCCAAUAACAAUAACAACAACAACAACAGUAGCAAUAAUGAUAGUACUUCGGUUAGCUUGAAUAGCAGCAACAAUGUCACAUUUACCAACAGUUUAAGUAAUUACUACAACAAUAAUAACAACACCAGUAAUACAUCGAAAAAUGUCAGCAAUAGCAAUCUGCUCGAUCGCACCAUGAAUGUCUCGACGCUGCUGCGCAGUGUUGGUCUUGAGCAGUACAUUGAUGGCUUUGAGGAGCAAAAUAUGGACUUGGAGCAGUUUUUGAAUAUACGCGCUGAGGACAUUCCGCGUUUAGGCAUACAUUCAAUGGAGCACCAAAAGAUACUCUUAGAUUUGCUGAACGAGUUGAAUGGCUUUUAAUUCUUCGUUUCUCGUAUAAUUCUUUAAUUUUUAAUGUAUUCCUCGUAUAGUGCUUAUUUUGUGAAAGCAAUUGUCUAUUCAAGUUUUUUAAUAAA